AUGAUAAUUCUUUUCAUCACCUAUCAUUCUGUUUGUUUCUUCUUACUCCAUUUUCUCUUUUCCAUGCUCUUUUGUCUCCCACCUUCCCUAAUCUCUUGCUCUUAUCUCUCUCUCUCUUUCUUUCCUCUGUAUCCCAGGCACUUUUCUUCAUACACGUCUUUCCCCCUCUCUCUCUCUCUGUACACGUCUCUCUCUCUCUUUCUCUCUGUACACGUCUCUCUCUCUCUUUCUCUCUGUACACGUCUCUCUCUCUCUCUUUCUCUCUGUACACGUCUUUCCCUCUCUCUCUCUCUGUACACGUCUUUCCCUCUCUCUCUCUCUGUACACGUCUUUCCCUCUCUCUCUCUCUGUACGUCUUUCCCUCUCUCUCUCUGUACACGUCUUUCCCUCUCUCUCUCUGUACACGUCUUUCCCUCUCUCUCUCUGUACACGUCUUUCCCCUCUCUCUCUCUCUCUGUACGUCUUUCCUCUCUCUCUCUCUCUCUGUACACAUCUUUCCCUCUCUCUCUCUCUCUCUCUCUGUACCGUCUUUCCCUCUCUCUCUCUGUACACGUCUUUUCCCUCUCUCUCUCUCUCUGUACACGUCUUUCCCCUCUCUCUCUCUGUACACAUCUUCCCCUCUCUCUCUCUCUGUACGUCUUUCCCCCUCUCUCUCUCUCUGUACACGUCUUUCCCUCUCUCUCUCUGUACACGUCUUUCCCCUCUCUCUCUCUCUGUACACGUCUUUCCCUCUCUCUCUCUCUCUGUACACGUCUUUCCCUCUCUCUCUCUCUGUACACGUCUUUCCCCUCUCUCUCUCUCUGUCUCUUUCCCUCUCUCUCUCUGUACACGUCUUUCCCUCUCUCUUUCUCUCUCCGUACACGUCUUUCCCUCUCUCUUUCUCUCUCCGUACACGUCUUUCCCUCUCUCUUUCUCUCUCCGUACACGUCUUUCCCUCUCUCUUUCUCUCUACACAUUUUUUCUUUCUUCUUUUUCUCUCACCUGCUUCUCUCUACAUUUUUUUUCUCUCUUUUCUCUCCGUACACGUCUUUCCCUACACAUUUUUCUUCUUCUUUUUUCUCUCUCUCUUUUCUCUCUACACAUUUUUUUCUCUUUUUUUUUCUCUCUUUCUCUCUCCGCUCGAAUAGCGACUACUGGGAAGUACGCAAUGAUUUAACACAUCAGUUAAGCCAAGUUUUUUCUUUUUUUUUCUUAUAG